AUGCCUCUCGUUGUGCCAGGAGUCAACUCCGAUAUGGGCGACAAGUCCGAGUGGGUGAACAAGCUCAUGGGUAAGAAGAUUAGUGACAGCACUAGCGACGAGGUGUCUUUCGCCAAGAAAGAUCUCCCCCAGUCUCACCGUGUCCUUAAGCCUGAUGACAUGAAGAGCAUGGAUCACAACCCUGACAGAUUGAACGUCCACGUUGACCACGACGGCACCGUUCGGAAUGUCACUUACGGUUAG